AUGGAGACCGACAGAGGUAGACAAAUUCAGACGUCAAUUGCCGAGGCCAUCCCUGCUUUGGUCAGACUCAUUCUCUACUUCGGCGGAAUGUCACUCGGAAUGGUGUUCAUCGCCGCAGUUACCGACUUCAUCAACGCACGAACCCCCCGCGCGGUCAUGUGCGCCAUCCUGGUCAUCCUCUUCUGCCUUGGUUACUGGAUGACGAUGACUACGCUGAAUGGAUUGGUACGUUCAGGCAGUGCACACUAUGUUUUGAUGAUUUGCGGGUCUGGUGGCCACACUGCGGAGAUGAUUGGAAUGAUCGAACGAAGCAUUCGUCCUGAAGACUCGUCGCACCGGCGAUGGGCCGUUGGUAUAGGCGAUGAAAUGAGCUUCGGCAAGGUCAUGGCCUUUGAGCGUCGCCUCAUGCAGCGAUUCUCCCACCUGGAACUCGACAGCGGCACCUUUGACAUUGUGUGGUUCGAACGGGCUCGCGUCGUCCAUCAGAGCUGGCUGACUACACCAUUCACCGCCGUUCUGAGCAUGAUCGGAAUCUUCCGUAUCUUGAUCACACCCGCACAUCGUCGACCUGCCUCUGCUUUCCGAUUCCCUGGUGUCAUCGUCACGAACGGCCCUGGCACCGGGUUCCUCUUCCUUUUGGCGGCCCGCGUACUCAAGACCUUCCACGUCGUUCCCAAGAGCCACAUGAAAACCAUCUUCGUCGAGAGCUGGGCCAGAAUCAAGACCUUGAGCCUUACUGGAAAGCUGAUUCACCGGUGCAAACUUGCUGACGUAUUCAUUGUCCAGUCUCGUGGCCUCACCGCCUACGGCAUAUUCGCAGAGAACAUGCCGGCCAUGCCGGUGGUCCCUCAGUUCGCUCUCGACCAGCAGUAG